AUGUCCACCCCAACGCAAAGCAUCGUCAUCGCCGGCGCCAGCGACGUCGCCAAAUACCUAAUUGAAGAACUCAUUGCCUCGAACCCUUCCAAUCCUCCCCAAAUAGGAGUUCUGACUCGCUCACUAUCUAACCGACCAUGGUUCACAUCCAACCCUCACAUCUCGCUCCAUGUCACCGAUUACUCGGCUCCGUCUAUUCAAUCCAUCUUGAACCAAACCCAAGCUACUGCCCUCUUCUCGUUCCUCCACUCCAAUGACCCAGCAUUCUACAAUACCGCACACGAGGCCAUGUUGACGGCCUGUCGGAACAGCGAAACUUGCAAGCGCUUCGUCCCCUCCGACUAUGGUGGCGAUAUUGAUCGUUUCCCCGGUCUUCCGAGAUUCUAUGACUCCACCCAUCGCGUGUUUCGCGAAACGAUCGCUGACGAGAAAGAUGUGGAAUGGACGUUUGUCAACGGUGGCUGGUUCAUGGACUACAUUGUCCAGGGCAACAAAGUCGAUCCGACUGUUGUUCCUUAUAAACCGGCUACUCGGAGACCCACGGAAGUUGCGAAACCGGCCACGCUGCCGAGGGAACUUGAUACAUCUAAAGUCCGAUCGUAUAUGAAGCCCCUUCCUAGCGUGUGGCCCCUCGAUCUCGAUACCUUCACAGCAACGAGACUAGGAACAGGUGAAGAGCCGAUUGGAUGGACGUCCGCUCGGGACGUUGCUCGUGCUCUGGUUAAGCUUCGAAAUGCGCCACAGGGAAGCUGGGAGAAGCACAUCUAUGUGGUUGGACAGAUUGGGACGUGGAAUGAAGCGAUCCGAAUCGCAGAGGAGUUCUAUGGAAGGAAGUUCGAGGUGAAGGAGAAGACUAAGGAGAGUAUCCUCGAAACGCUGCGCAAUGAGGAAACCCUGGGGCCGGCUGAGCGGGGGGUUGCGUAUAUGGAUGAAUGGAAUGUCAAGGGUGCGAGUGCUGUUCCGAUGGAUAGGGUUCAAGAGCAGAGGAAACGAUUUUUCUCGGACGUGCAGUUUCGAGGGCUCCGAGAGUUAUUGGAAGAUGCGUUCUCGGAAGAAUCAGAGCAAAUGGUUUGA